CAAAUCCAAUUAGAUCCUACCCACUUACCCUCGUUCAUUCGGGUUUCCACCCUACAAAUCCAAGCCUCGUCGUCGCCGGCCUUUCCUCUUGUAACCAUCUAUGACCUUAAAAGGAGGACGAGGACGAGGACGAGGACGAGGACGACGAUGACGAAGCGGCGUCAAACUCUAAUUCCCAGACCGAAACGGUGAUUUGAGUUCCAGGGAAAUGAUUGAUCGAGAUAACAAGGGGUGGUUUUGCUAAUCCGAGAGGAAAGCUUGGGGUUUUCGUUUUUACAGCAGAGCAAAUGAUUCCUCUUGGUUAGGCGCGUGAGGUGGGAAAAUUCAUAGGUUUUCACUAGAGAGAAAUCUAAAAGGUCGCGUAUAUUAUGGAUCAUCUGGCAAUAGUAGCACAGGACUUAGUAGGCGAUGCUUCAGAUUUUGAAGUGGAUGGUGUCCAGUGCGACAAUCUCAAUGAGAAUGAUGUUAGUGAUGAAGAGAUUGAAGCAGAAGAGUUGGCAAGAAGAAUGUGGAAAGAUAAAAUUAAACUACAGAGAAUUAAGGAACGAGAAAAGCUUUUUGCUCAGCAGACAACUUCUGGGGAGUCUAAGCCAAAGCAUAUAUCUAACCAGGCUCUGAGAAAGAAAAUGGCGAGAGCGCAAGAUGGCAUUCUCAAGUACAUGUUGAAGUUGAUGGAAGUGUGUAAUGUCCGUGGAUUUGUCUAUGGAAUCAUUCCUGAGAAGGGUAAGCCUGUAAGUGGUGCUUCAGACAACAUAAGAGCAUGGUGGAAGGAAAAGGUGAAGUUUGAUAAGAAUGGGCCUGCUGCCAUAGCCAAAUAUCAGGCUGAAAACUUUGCAGCCGCACAGAAAUUUGGGGGCAAAAAUCACCAAAGUCUGAUGGAUCUACAAGAUGCCACACUGGGAUCUCUUCUAUCCUCAUUGAUGCAACAUUGUGAUCCUCCGCAACGCAAAUACCCCUUGGAGAAGGGUGUUCCGCCGCCUUGGUGGCCCUCUGGCAAUGAAGACUGGUGGGUAGGUUUGGGCUUAUCUGAGGGUCAAGCCCCCCCAUACAAAAAGCCACAUGAUCUGAAGAAAAUAUGGAAGGCUGGGGUACUAACAGGUGUGAUAAAACACAUGUCUCCUAAUAUUGGAAAGAUCAAAACACAUGUGAGAAAGUCAAAAUGCUUGCAGGAUAAGAUGAGUGCCAAAGAGAGCACCAUCUGGUUAGGAGUUCUGGAUAAAGAAGAAUUGUUGGUCAAUCAUCUCAGCAGUGAUAACGGUUUGUCAGAUGUAACUCAAAAUAGUGGCCCUGGAGAUCGGAGGGAGGUGACAAACAGUUUUAGUGAUGAAUUCGAUGUUGAUAAUCUGGAAGAUGUUCAUGGAUUUACUUCAUCCAAAGAUGAUGGAAUUGACAAUGUAACACAUAUUUCGAGGGAAGUUAGUCCAACUGAAAUGCCUCAUCAACUUCAUCAAGGCAAGGAGCAAGCUAUUGAACGGCCAAAGAGAAAAAGACAAAGCAAAGCUGUUGCAGCUACUGGCAAGAAAAUGCUCCUAACUUUGAAUGAGCAAAGAUCUGGUGAUAUGGGAAAUCACAUUCCAAACACGAAUAGCACAAACAUGAUGCCAGUGGCUCAUCAUGCACAAAAUAUGCAACUGGAGGCUUGUGUCGAUACAAGUUCAAUGCAUCAAGAGGAAGUUCCCCAAAGCCGAUAUCUUAUUGCAGAGCCUGGGAUUUGCAAUUUUAUGUGCAACCCUCCACGUAAUAUUUGUGCAGAAAACAUGUACAUUGGUGGGCAGCCACUCCUGUACCCUGAUGUUGGCAAUAAUGUACCGCACAAUGCUCUUGCAAUUGAUAUUGGGUCCAACUGUGAGCAGCAGAAACUAAUGGGGACUGAUAGAAACAUUAAUCCUGUUGAGAAUUAUUCUUAUGAGAAUGUGACGACACCAAAUCUCAAUCAGCAUAUGAUCAACAGGGGCAGGCCUCUAUUCCUAGAUGAACAGUUGUGCAUAAGACCAGAUGCUUUUGCUUCACCAUUAGAUUUUAGUGGGCUCAAUAGUCCAAGCCUGAUCGAUUUUGGAGACAUAUUGCAGGAUGCAGAUUUGUGGAAAGACGAUGAACUAUUGCCAUAUUUGGGAACAUAAGUACUUCUCUUUAUGCAAUUUGGCAUUUCAUAAGCAGUUUUUCCUGAUGCAUUUUCUCCACUUCUCCAAAAACUUCUUUUACAGGGUAAGCUUGCAACAUCUCUUCGCAGUUCUGGGCCUAUCCAUCUUGUGUGCCUAGGAAGAAUAAUGUGCACUAGCUGACUAUAAAUAUGGCAUUCUAUCUUGGUACAAGGUUCAGAUUCAGUUAUAACAGCCUGGGAAACAGAAACACAACCAGGCUGGAUUUGUCACCUUUCUCAACCUUUGGCAUAGACCAGGUAGUUCUCAAGAGAAGAUAACGUAGCUGUUAAAGCAGGUGUUUUUCAUGUAGCUGAACAAUGUACAGAUCAUAUUGAUCGCCCGCAUGACCAUCUCAAUCAAUCAUGGCCACAUUGGCAUGUCAAUUUACUGAAAUGCAUUGAAAGAAAUUUCCUUGUUUCUGGCUUGGCUCUGCAAAUUCUAUUCAGGGACAUAAGAGAUUGAUUGAAGUCAGUGCUGUAUCAAGUCUUGACCUAGAAUAUCUUGCUAGAGAAGUGACAAUAAAUGAAGCAUAGGUCUAAGCCGAUGGUAUUUAGCCGGCGAUAAUUCGCGUAUUGUUGGUUUCAGAUGCUUGUUAGUAUAGUUUCUGAUUGACUUGGUUUCCGACAAGACUUAUUUUGGUAUGUUUCCCUUCCUUUUUAGUUCAUUGUAAUCCCAAGUAUGCUGAAAAUAAUCAGAAUGUGGUUGGUCCUUUGCUUCCAGGCAUCUUCAUAA